UGUGCCCCUCUCUAAACUGUCCGGUCAGCAACACAGAACCGGAACCAAAAUUAUGUUAUCAGGCGUAACAUCACAUACUUCAUUGCAUAAUAGUCCAGUAGGUGGUACUGUUGAGUUAUCGUGUACCAGCGGGCUUAACUCGAAGUAGGAGGGGAAGAAGAAGAAGACGAGGUAGAAGAAACAACGCGGGGAGGAAGAAGGAAAUAUUGUAGUGAAUGUCUGUGAAAACUGAGGCUCCAGUCGCCUUUUACAGUAAUGUCUCAGCAACAACAACCUCCACCAACAAACCCACAGGCGGUACUUCAGCAGCCUCCACAACAACAGCUCAACCAACAGCAGGAUUUCGACCCGGUUCAUAGAUUUAAAAUGCUGAUUCCGCAAUUAAAAGAGAGUUUACAGAACGUAAUGGCCAUCGCUUCACAAAACUUUGCACACAAUACUGCAAUUGAUAACGGAAUUGCAGUGAGGGCAGAAAAGCCACUCUCACCAAGAAAGAGUAAUGAUUCCACAGUUCAGCGAUUUGACAAGAGUUUAGAAGAGUUUUACGCCCUCUGUGAUCAACUGGAGCUCUGUCUGCGCCUGGCUCACGAGUGCCUCUCUCAGAGCAUCGACAGUGCCAAACACUCUCCAAACUUGGUGCCUACAGCGACCAAACCUGACACAGUGCAAACAGAGUCUCUGUCUUAUUCUCAGUAUCUCAGCAUGAUCAAAUCUCAGAUAUCGUGUGCUAAAGACAUCCAUAAUGCUCUGCUGGAAUGCUCCAAGAAAAUAGCAGGAAAGAGUCAGCAGCAAGGCAUCCUUUAAUGGUGUUGCGUUUCAGAUGCUGUCAUUAGAUUCUCCUGAGAAGGAAAGUGUUUUUAUAUUGGGGAGGGGUGGGGUUGUAAAUAAAAAAUAACAAAAUAAAAUUUUGGUUGCAAAACUGUAAAGUUGGACAAGUUUGGGGGAUUAAACAUGCACCUACUUAUUGCUUGUUGCUUAAUUAAACUGUGAUACUGUUUGCAAUGAUCAAGAACCUUGUGUGUGUGUUUAUUUCUGAGCUUUAUGCCAUUUUCUAUGAAAUUCUGACAGGUCUAUUUUUUUUUUUUUAACAAGACAUGCAUAAAAUUUAACUAAAAUGAAAACUAAAUUGAAAGCAUUAUAUUGAACCUUUGGUCAUUCAUACACUGGACAACAGUUACAGUAAGUAACAGUCAACAAGAAAUGUAUGCUUACUUUGCUAUAUUAUUUAAUACAUGUGGGCUAAGUGAACAGGUGCAUUAUAAGGUGCAAAAUAUAUUUCCUUUUGUUAAUAUAAUAACAUGAAUAUCAACCCACCCAUGUUGUGGGAAAUUGGGAAAGGGACAUGAUUCAGGUAGUGAGGAUGAGGUUUAUGUCUUAAUUCAGUUGGCUGUGCCUCUACAAAUAUGCCACAUUAUGAAACUUAUAAGGUCAAUGUCUGCUGGUGGCUUUUAAAUUAGGGGAAGUGCAGGUGUCUGUUAUUGAAGUAAGUGGACACCUGACCAUCACACCCAUAUGUGGUUCUUCCCUUAUCACAAAGUUGGAAGCACAGUUGUAUAGGAUGUCUUUGUAUGCAGUAACAUUAAGGUUUCUCUUCACUGGAAUUAAGGGGCCCAAACGUGGUUAUAUUUAUGGCAUUUGGCAGACAUCCUUAUCCAGAAGACUGACCUUUAUCUCAGUUAUACAACUGAGCAACUGAGGGUUAAGGGCCUUGCCCAAGGGCCCAACAGUGAUAGCUUAGCAGUGCUGGGGCUUGAACUCCUGACCUUCUGAUCAGUAACCCAGAGCCUUCAACCACUGAGCCACCACUACCCUGUGACAGAAAGACAUGGUUUGCCAAGGCUGGUGUCAAACUUCUGUCCUGCAUUGAGCAGUGACCUCAACCCCACUU